UUUUGAAUUGCCGACCAGCUGUAGACCACGCUGUCACCUGUGUUGUUGUACAUCUAUCUUAACGAUUUAGCCCAUUAUGAAAUUAUUACUGCAUAUUAUUUUCAGCAUUUUGUUUAUUCUUGGGGUUGCUGUAAUUUGUGAUGCCCUAGGUGAGGUGAUAUGGGGUGUGAAUUCGGGCGGAGAAGAGCACAUAGACUCGUAUGGAAUACAUUAUCAAGCUGAUCCUUUGCAAGGAAUACAGGGAAUCGCGUCGGAUUUCGGUAAAUCGUUACACAUCAGUCGAGUGCCUCAGCAGGACCAGCUUCUGUACCAGACGGAGAGGUACGACUUGGACAGUUUUGGCUAUGAAAUCCCAAUAGAAGAAGACGGCGAUUACGUCCUUGUUAUGAAAUUUUCCGAAGUGUACUUCACGGCUUCAAACCAAAAGGUAUUUGACAUAGUUAUCAAUGAGCAACACACAGUUGUACCUGAACUAGAUAUUUACGACAAAGUUGGGAGAGGUACAGCACAUGACGAGAUGGUUCCUUUCACAAUUACUCGUGGAAAACUUAAAGUGAAUGGCGAGGUGUCGACGUUUAGUGGCACAUUAAAUGUGGAGUUUCUAAAGGGUUAUAGAGACAAUCCGAAGAUAAAUGCCAUGUAUCUCAUGAAAGGCACAAUGAAUGAUGUUCCAAAAUUACCACCAAUUCCUGGGCUCGACUUAGACGAGGAAGAACCAGAGGAAGACUUGGAAGAGGACAAACCAAUGAAACCCAAAGCAGGCAGGAAAACUUCAGGCCCCAAAACAGUAGAUCCUUACGCGGCAGACGAGAGCAGUAUGAUGUUCCCUAUUGUUAUUGCAAUUGGUGUAUUUAUUCCAACACUUUUUUGUCUAUGUAGAUUAUAGGUAUUUAUAUUUCUAUAAAAAAAAAAUUUGUCCAGGUGUGUAUAUUUUUUAAGAAAAAAAAACAGAAUGAACUUUUUUUCUCUCCGUGAAUAUUUUGUGGUUCCAAGUUAUGUUGCACACUAUGGUUGAGUUGUACUUGUCUUCUGUGCAUAUCAUGUAUUUUAGAAUUUUUAAAUUAUGUUUCUCAACUUGUUGGGGUUGUCGGUGCAAACCACAUGGGAAAUUUACAUGGAUUAUUGAAAACCAAGUGAGCAUUCGUACAUUAAAUUCAUCAAAAUUGGCCGUUACUUUAGGGAAAAUGCAAAAACAGCGAUAUUGAUCAUUUUCAUGUCAUCAAUGGAGAACUGGUAACCAGCUAAAUGGUGAUCUGGUUUCCAGGCUUAGACUUUGUUCACAGUGACUAGAACUCCUGCAAAGGAAGUUGCUACAACUUCCGUUGGCAAAAAUGAGCAUUGAUAUUACUAUGGCAUAUUGCUUGUAUGAAUUCUACAAGCAUUUGUUUUAUUUUAUGUUGGAUAUUUAUUUCAGACAAUUUCAAAAUUGCGCACUGGAUUUAAUGAAUCUUUUCACCACCAGACUUCCUUGCACUAUUUUUCUUAUAUUCUUCAAUUUCUGGAAAUUAACCCUAAUUUUGGAGCCAACAGACAAAAUUUGAGUCAAUUUCCAGUUUUUGCUCAAAAAUUUUAGCUAUUAUUGUCCUAAUUUUCUGACGGAAUGUGCAGACUAUGAACAGGACUAUUUUGGAAAUUUGUGAUGAAAACAGACAACUGGUGUUGAAAAGGUUAAAGAAAAUUCAAAAAAAACUGUACAUUUUGACAUUCUGUAAUAUAUUUUCGGUUCAUUUAAACUAAAACCAAAAUAUUUAAUGAGAACUGUGACAAUGAUGAGACACGCAGUGAAAAAUAAAGAUUUUACUGGUAGUAAUAAUUUGAGCGUUUUGAGCAAUGUUUUUUUUUUUACGAUUUUAAAAUGAGGUAUCUUGCGAUGGUCGAUAUGGAUUCAAAUCUAUUUGGUCAUAUCAACAAAUUGACAUAUCAACAAAUUUGGUCAUAGCAAAUAUUUUGUCUACUGCGUCUUGGCAUUGAGAGGACUCAACAAUGCUUGUCAUAUGCUGUUCCCCGACUUAUACAUCGCAGCAACCAAAUAUUGUUGAAGGGAGUCACUGAUUGCAACUUUCUCUCCUGAAAAACCUAGUCACAGCGUCAAUGUAUUGUCAGACAAUACAUAAAAUGCUUGUUUGCUCCCCUUUCUCCCAAAUCUUAACCAGUGCCAAAUUCAAUCC